CUUCUGCUAGAAUCUGGUAGAAACAUGCGAUUCUCAAUUUCAGUGAUCUAAAAGGGUGGGGUUUUGAUCUCAUAUAGAUCUCAUUUGAGAAUUGCACCAGUUAUUUUCAUGUACUGGUAAAUGAUGGACACCAGCUCUAUAUCGGAAAAUGUCAAAGUUGUGGUCAGAGUGAGACCACUGAGCGAAACUGAGAAGACUGCCGGUUACAAAACCGUCGUCAAAGUUGAUUCAGUUAAUAAUACUAUUAUUCUUCGAGCCCAAAACAAUGGUGCUAAUGGGACUGGUCAAUCGUACAAUGAUGUGGACAGAAGCUUUGUGUUUGAUUCUGUAUUCGGACAAGAAUCUUCUCAGAUGGAAGUCUACAACCAUGCUGCAAGACCUCUAGUUCAGAAUGUUCUGGAAGGAUAUAAUGGCACAAUAUUUGCCUAUGGGCAAACUGGAACAGGCAAAACAUUCACCAUGGAGGGCAACCCUCAAGCCCCUGAACUAAGGGGAAUCAUUCCAAAUUCAUUUGCACACAUCUUUGGCCAUAUAGCUAAAGAAUCAGAAAGAAAAAAGUUCUUAGUUCGUGUCUCUUACCUUGAAAUCUACAAUGAAGAAGUCAGGGAUUUACUGAGCAAGAACCAAAAUGUCCAUCUGGAAAUCAAAGAAAGGCCCGACGUUGGCGUCUAUGUCAAAGAUCUGUCUACUUAUGUUGUGAAUAAUGCCGAGGACAUGGAGCGUAUAAUGACGAUGGGAAAUAAAAAUAGAUCGGUGGGUGCUACCCAAAUGAACAUCCAUUCAUCGCGUUCUCACGCCAUUUUCACGGUUGCCGUCGAGUGCAGCGAGAAAGGAAUAGAUGGAAACAGCACUCUUCAUGUCGGUCGACUGAAUCUGGUGGAUUUGGCUGGAAGUGAACGACAGACCAAAAGUGGAGCUUCAGGUCUCCGACUGCGAGAAGCAUCCAAGAUCAAUUGGUCAUUAUCUACAUUGGGAAAUGUAAUUUCAUCUUUGGCUGAUGGCAAGGCCUCUCACGUUCCAUACCGCAAUUCCAAGCUAACUAGGCUGUUGCAAGAUUCUCUUGGUGGAAACGCCAAAACCCUCAUGUGCGCAAAUAUCGGACCCGCAUCUUUCAACUUUGAUGAAACUCUGAACACACUUCGCUAUGCAAGCCGAGCCAAAAAUAUCCGAAACAAAGCUCGUAUCAACGAGGAUCCUAAGGAUGCGUUGCUCAAGCAAUUCCAAAGAGAGAUUGAAGAGCUUCGUAGACAGUUAGAAGAAGUUGGUAGUGCCAGUUCGGACGAAAGUGGCGAAGAAAACUACGAGCUGCGCAAAGAUAAGAAACGAAAACCGCGGACGGAGAGUGAACGAGCUGCCAUCAAAGCCAAGAUUGAUGAGGAGCGAAGAAUGGUUAUGGAAAGUAGCCAACUAGCGGAGGAGGAGCGCAAAAAAGUGGCCCAAACUUUGGCGGAACAAGAGAAAGAAUUGCAGACUGCUGCGGAAGAAGAAAUGCGUCUGAGACAGAAACUAGCUUCACUUGAAAGCAAAGUCAUCGUAGGAGGUGAGAAUUUGCUUGACAGGGUGGAACAACAGGCCAGUUUGCUAGAGGAUGCGAGAAAAGAGCUUGAGAAACGAAAGGCCAAAGAAGAUUUGCUGCGCCAACAGUUGCAAGAGAAAGAAGCCGAGCGGAUAGAUAUGGAAGAGCGUUACAGCUCGUUGCAAGAAGAGGUGCAGGGUAAGACGAGAAAGCUGCGCAAAGUCUGGACGCUACUUCACUCGUCCAAGAGCGAGAUUGAAGAUAUGAGGCAGGAACAUCAGACACAAAUGGAACAACUCCUCGAGGGUGUACGACAGCUCUCUAAAGAAUUAAAGCUUUCUACUUUGGUCGUCGACGAAUACAUCCCGGCUGCGUAUCAGCAAAUUAUCGAACAACAUGUCAACUGGAGUGAAGAGUACGGUGAAUGGCAACUGAGAGGCGUGGCCUAUGCUGGAAAUAACAUCAACCAGUACAAUUCUCCUCGGCGAUCUGCUCGCUCCACCUACAGACCUGAACUGGAUCUCAGUUACGUGUAUCUCUCAUAUGACGACAUCAUUGGCUUAUCUGAUCCUGUUCGUCCUAAAUCAGCGAAAAUGAAAUCUCGGUCGGCGACCAGUGCGCGCCUUACAGGAAAAGGUGCUCGCACCCCCUCAGCUCAGCGGACAAAAUAAAAUUUUCCUUGAAUACUCGCUAGUCAAAACUACACCCAAAUGUGCUACAAGUCUACAACUAUAAUUUGAUAUGCCUAACUUUUCAGCUUAUGGAACAAAAUACAACGCAAUUGUUCCGUGACAGGCAGUGCAGUGCCUUUUUUAUUUGAAUUGCCAUCUGUUUACGUAAGUAACAACACAUGGGUUCUAAUGAGUUGAUUUCUACGUGUCACCUGGCACGUUCACCGUUUGUUGACUUUUAUCACGCUUAUCGUGAAUUGUUGUGGAAAACAAAUUAUAGAGAUAAAAACCCCGAAUAUAACGAAUUUCAUGCUGGAAGAUCCCGAUUGGUCAACGCAAAUUCAUAAAAAAAAAUGUCAACAAAUUGUCGAUUCAUUGUUGGUAUUCAUUGAUGACGAAGCAUUCUGACAUCAGAUCAAGAAAUUUCGACUUGUCGCUUGUUGCAUGAUAUUUUGUGCGUGUUACAUUCGGAAAACUACAAGGGAAGUCCCUUGUUUGUUUGAAUUACCACUGGAAAACUAUCCACCAAUAGGAAUUGGCUUAUGCAAUUGUUUUGACGUCAUGAUGCUAAACAGCAACUUUUCUUCAAGGGCUUCCAUUCCAAAUCCAUCAUGGCCGACACUACAGACAUUCUCUAGCAUUCAAAGAGUAACAUCAUAGCACACCAUCAGAAAGAUUUCCUUGAUACAAAUUAGUGUUCUUCCCAAUCGUACCUACUUUUUAAAUUAAUCAGAGAAUCUGGUUCGACCAAUCAGCAAUUUUAAAUCGGAAUACAAAUCCUGGUUUUUGUGAUUUAACGUUUUUCAAUCGACAUAGUUAUUUCAAAAAGGAAUGGCUGUAUCACAGAAAGUUUCGAACGUUAUCAUACCAAUUGCGGACAAAAAAUUGGCUGCCGUUUCCAUGUUUCACCUUGUUGAUUGUGGUUAUUUCUGUAAAGACUUGAUUGUUGAUGUAUUUGUUGCUGUAGAACCGUGGCAUUCUCAAAAGUACAGCACUGUUUUGGGACAAAACAAAACCUUCCAUUAAAUUGAUAAGAUAUUUCCAUGGAUUACAUUAGAGGCCCUGAUGCCCGUUUCAGGGCUCCAUCAUUCAGUGGAUGUGUGAAAUCAGCCUCCAGUAGGCCUAACAGAAUGUUGUCUCUAAACAACUAUGGGUUUGAUGACUUAACAUUUCAUGUGAAAAAAGGAUUGGAUCCUGGUACAAAGCUCUUUCAGGCUCCACCUUUUGUUGUUGGCGGUUUUGUUGGCAGCAAAAGUUGUGAACAAAAAAGUAUAUGUAUAUCGUUUAAUUUCAAGGAUAUGUUUGAAAGUUUAAUGGACACAGUGAUACCUAAUGUCAAAUCAUCUAAUCAUACUCAAACUAAACCAUUUGGUGAAAAGUAUUGUCAGAAACAGACAGUGACUAUUCCUAAUAGUUGUGCGAAAACGAAAACAUCGCCAAGUAAAAGUGAAUAUCUACCACCAAACGUAGUGAUAUCGUCCCCCGCAGUGACGCAAGUCGUAUCUGUUUCAUCACCUACUAUGCCGAAUCAGCAAGAAAAUCAACUGAGUCCUGCCCCUUGCCGGACCGUUAGUGAAAGCUCGGAAAGCAGUUGGGCUAGUGUGAGUCCGGAAGCGAAUCAAGAUGUGCUCUUAUCUAAUCCAUGGCUGAGAAACAUUGUGGUUUGUGUUGGGGACAGCGACGACUCUGAUGAAUCUGACUCAGAUUGGGACUGCGUCGAGGAUUUCCAAAGCGAAAACGGCGAAGUUAUUAGUGACUUUAAAUGGAACGGUGAUUCACUUUCUCCAAUUUCGUCACCCGUUAGUCAGACGCCCCCAGUGCCUGCUGCUGCUUUGGACGACUACGACAGCGACGAGAGUGAUGGUGUGUUGAUCUCUUGCGGAAGCGGGUACGUUUUUGACGAUGAGGAGGAAGCCAGAGAACGCAAACUGUCUGAGGAGCGUAUCCAGGAUGCUAAUCGCAGAUGGGAUCGAAAUUUGUCGACAGCUGUUGACGAAACGGACGGAAUUCGGAAAACCAGUCGAUCCAAGCAGGUACAUUUCCCUGUCGAUAGCAAACUUACUCGCAUCCGUCCAAUGCUCACCUGGACCCACGCUCAUCGAGCUGCCCGUAAAGGGGAUUGGGAGAGGUUUGCUCGUGAUGCAGACCGAUUCCGGGAAAGAAUUGACUCUACUGCUGCCAUUCUAGCCCCUAUUCUCGAUCCAUCGCAUCGCGAUCGUGUUCGCCGGAGAAACCUAAAAUACGAUGCCGAUCAUACAGACGCGAGCCAUUUGAAAUGAAUGUUGGCUUUGUAAGGUAUCCCCCGAUGCUGCACAUGUGUCUAAUAUUAAAAUUCGAAAAGCAUUUGUACAUUUCUUAUUUUCUUUACGAAAAAUUGAAAUAUGCAAUUCUUGUAUUAUUACGUGUAGGACCAUUUUUGGAAUUUGAUUCCAACCCCAUUCAGAUUUCUAAUGUUUCUACGCAUCUUGAAAACCCCGCACUCUUAUGAAACAAACUAAACAUGUUAUGGAAUUUCUUCACCUUCCGAAUUUAGCUUCUGUAAUAGAGAGAAAAAAAACAAGUAUCACAAAAAAAAAUACGAAAAAACCUGUAUUUAUUUCAAAUGUAUUCCAUUGGGUCAAAUCAUCUAAACCUUGACCUUAAUGAUUCUCCUUUUUUUUUUUUAGAUUUGUGAUUCCCAAGUGAUUUGUCAAUAGGUCUGUCGAUUUCAAAAUUUGAAACUUGUUCGGAAUGAAGACCCAUGAGAUGGAGGCGGUUCCUUUUAGAUUGGACCGUUAUUGACAAAAAAAGAAGAAAACAGUUAUUCCCAUUUUGGUCGUUUGUUCUGGUGUUCUUCUCUCACUCUUUUUAUUUCUUAUCCAACCCCAGACAGAUGGUUUUUGAAUGCAUUUCUAGCAUGAGGGGAAUUACGUACGAGAAGUGCACGCACCUGACGCCAAACUACUUCUCAAGUUUUAGCGUUACGUGGCCAAGUCAACCCAGCUACCAGCAUUUUUUUCGUUCCUGAUUCUGAUGGCUGGGUCUAUUAUCCUGCCGUGAUGGAUGACCCAUCAAUGGAUCUUCGACCCUCACUCACUCGACGCAACAUUCGCUUUUUCCUCUGGACCAG